AUGUCGACUGCUGCACAGAGCAGCUACGCAGCCUCUACUGCAGACAAUGCCAACAACGUUGCAGCAGUCUUCCUCCCCCGCCCUCGAUCUCGACUGCGCACCAUCGCGAAGCAGUACGACGAAGCUGCGCAGCAAACCGUCACACAUACCGACGAGCCAUACAAGAUCGUUUGGGGGAGCCGAACUUUCGUCAUUAGCGGUGUUCUAAACAAGAAGAAGAGCCGUGGCCGUCGUUCCUGGAUUACUCGUGAGGGUUGGUUCCUAACGGAGCUGACGACAACAGGAAAGGUCAAGCAGGAUGUCUGGUGCUGUCGACGCUGCGAUGCCUACGGCAAGCCCCAGUCCCACAACAUCGCCGAGGACAGCCCCAGCCGGCCAGACAACGAGAUGACCGUCCUUGACAUCCAGCGAGAGGCUAGCAACCGAUCGACCCCUUCCAGCAUUCCACAAGCGAAGAUCAGUCGGGCCCGGGAGCUUCUAGUAGGCUAUAUUGUCGACGGCGACUUGCCCUUUACUGCUCUUGAGAGCGUCUACAUCAAGGAGCUCUUAAAGCAGCUAGACCCUGGAUUCGCCCAAGAGCUCCCUCACAGUAGAUCGACAAUUGGAAGGGAUAUCAAGGAGGUUUUUGAGUCGAAGAUGAUGGCGGUCAAGGCUGACCUGACGAAAGCCCUCAGUCAGAUUCAUAUUAGCUUCGACCUUUGGACCUCUCCAAACAACCUAGCCAUGAUUUCAGUCUUUGGGCACUUCAUCAAUCAGAAGAAAAUGCCCCAGAGCAGGUUGCUAGCCUUCCGUCGGCAGCUAGGGAAGCAUUCUGGGAAUUACAUCGCGCUCACGAUCCAGGAUAUUCUCAAGGCUUGGGGAAUUGGGAAGCAGGUGGGUGUCUGCGUCGCCGACAAUGCAGGGAACAACGACACAUGCCUCAAGGCCCUAUAUCGAUCCCUCGAUCCCACCAUAACCGACCGAGAUAUCAAGGCGCGUCGAAUGCGAUGCUUCGGUCAUGUCCUCAAUCUUGUUGUUCAGGCUUUCCUUUUUGGCCAGGAUGCUACCUGCUUCGAGAGGGAUGCUUAUACCCUUUCCCUUUGGAGUGACGACGAGGCUGAACUAGCACAUUGGAGAGCAAAGGGACCUGUUGGAAAGCUUCACAAUAUCGUCAAGUUCAUCAGGGCGUCGCCGCAACGAUCCGAGGCAUUCCGACAGCAUGCUAAGGAAGCCCAGACCUCUGACGACUAUCUGUUGUCAGAGGAGCCGACCUGGGACCUUGGCCUCAAGCAGGACAACAGCACGCGCUGGAACUCAACUUACCUGAUGAUCGAGAGGGCUGUCAGGAAGAGGGAUGAUAUCAACAGCUUUAUCUUGGAGCUUGAUCUUGAAUCUGAUGGUGACAAGCGGAUCCCUGAUGCUGACAAACUAACCACCGACGACUGGAAGGCCCUGAUCGAGAUCAAGACGAUCUUAGAACCACUCUACAAACUGACGAUAAAGACCCAGGGAUGGGGGCAGUCUGGAACAAGUGGUCGACUUUCAGAUGUUCUAAUGGGGAUGGAAUAUGUAUUGGGACAUCUUGAAGGUUACAAGACUCUAUACGACAAGGAUUCCGGUCUUGAAGCUGCUCGAGCAGCUGAAGCUUCGGCGGAUCUAGCGCGUAAUCAACCAACCAGUCUAUCGCAGCUUCGAUCGACGCGGCGGCUGCGCUUCAACGAAGGGGCCCUGCCUUCUCAUGCCCGCGACGAGUACGUCACGAUGCCCGACAGCGACGGUCUGCUUAGACUCCAAGCUAGAGAGCGGGCCAGCAUUCGGGCCAGCAUCAACAAUGCCUGGAAGAAACUUGACGAGUACUACACGAAGCUUGCGGAUUCCCCUUUGUUCACUGCAGCUAUCAUUCUGAAUCCAAAUCUCGGCCUUCGGUGGCUGCGGCGUCGGUGGAGGGAUCCCGAACAACAUGAGUGGCUCGUUGCUGCGAAAGAUGGUCUCAAGGAAUACUUUGACCGCUGGUAUUGCAGCUCUGAUGAUCCCCAGCCUCAGGGUCGAUCUGUCUGUCGAGAUUUAGGCCGGGAGGACGAUGCUUACGAGGCCUUCGUCAACAGCGGAGUCAGUUCCGAUGAAGAUGGUAACGAGGACGAGAUUGACCGGUACUACAACAUGAAGGUCGGGGGCAACGUCGAUCCGGUUGAAUGGUGGAUCAUUCAAUCCAGUCCAGUCCAGUCCAAGGGUCGAGGGAAUCAAUCCGAUCAGAUCAGGAGGGUCAAUCCCUUCUUCCAUUCUUCGUGGAUCGGUUGGGUCAGAGGAGCUAUCGAAUGCGCCUCCCGGGAUACCAAGAUCAAGGGCGGCGAAGACCGCCAUGCGGGACUGGAGCUCUCGAAAGCGAUUCGGGAGUCCCUCAAGACCGACGCCAAGAAACCGGCGUCGCCUUCAGCCUCCUCGUCGCAGACCGGACCCACGGAUAAGACCAUCACCGACCUACAGCUCAUCACAAUGCCGCCUAUCAUCCCAGGAUUCUCCAUGAGCAAUCGAACAUGGGGCUUCUACCUGAUGGACGCCAUCUCCGAGAUUCAGUGGAAUCCCAACGCAUAUGCCGCCCUUCAAAUACAUCAGAAGCAGAAGGAUUCGAUUUGGAAGCUGGCGGCCAUUUUGUUGUUUGAUGAAGCGGAUACGUUCAUGGCUCGACGAAGCGGGGACAGUCUGGAAAGGAAUGCCCUUGUCUCAAGCAUCCUUCUCUUAGCCACGAACGGUCUAGGUGACUUUGACGAAGCAUUCUACUCGAGAAUGCACAUUCGGAUCGAGUUUAAGCGACCCGAGGCCGACGGCCGCGCCAUCAUCUGGGCAGGGAUUGCGGGACAAGCCAACCAUGAGAUUACGCCAAACGAGUUCAAGGCACUCGGCACCCUUCCUUUGGAUGGGCGGCGCAUCAAGAACGUGGUCCGGGUAGCGUCACUCCUGAUCCACUCGCGGGCAAGAACGGCGAGGAUGAGCUUGGCAGGCGUUAAAGAUGCGUUGCAGAUCUCGGCAGGGGAUCCGAAUGAUGGCGAGUCCCAACUCCUCAGACCUCCCCCAAACAACAUCCAACACUAUGGCACCAGGGCACAACACCAGAAGCCGCACCCGCGAGCCGAGCACACCCCCCCUCAGCAUCGACCCGCCCUUGGCCGAAGUAACCCCCAACGCACCCUCGAAGCCGCUGGCCCAGCGUCCAAGGAAGUCCGUCAGCAAGACAAAGGCCACCAAGGCACCCACCACCAGCCCCCGCCGCUCCGCACGCAUCGCCCUCCGCAACAAGCCCCCACCAGCCUCAGACACUAUCAUCACUCCCUGACAAGGCGAAGGAGGAGGAGAAACCAGCCGCCCCUAAGACCCAAAACUUCCACCAAACCACCCACACCGACCGCCGACCCGGACAUCCUCGAAUCGAUCGAGAAGGACGACGACAACAACGACGACGCCGAAGCCAGCGACACCGAGUCCGAGCUGUCCGAGCUGUCCGACGGCCUGUUCGAGCGGGAGAUUUCCGCGCGGGUGGAGCAGGCGGAGAAGCCGCUUAAGCAGAAGCUGGCGGAGGUGACGGCGGAGCGGGAUGAGGUGGUUGAGUUGCUGGAGGCAAGGGGGAGGCGGGUGAGGAGGCUUUGUGCUUAG